CUGAAAAGAGAAGAAAAUGUUAUAUUUAAUAUGAAUAAUCUUUCCCUUUCAGAUGGCUAUUUACAAGGUUAAAAGCAAACAUACUUAUCAAGUAUACUGAAUACAAGAGAACAGCUGCAGAAUGUAAGUGCUUCUGUUCAUCUCUUUCUAUAGCUUUGAAACUGAAAACUCAGAAGAAGAACUGGAGACUGGCACUGAACAGGGUAAUUCUGCAGUGGUAAUUUGUUAAGAAGGAGAAACUUUGGGGGAGAUAAAGCAUGGCAGGGGCAAAAAGGAGAAAGAAAAGUGCCAUAUGGAGGAAGAUCCAUGCUCUUCGCUGUGAAGAUAUCAAACUGUGGUGUGUAAGAAGGCUGCCUAUUUUGAAGUGGGCACCCAGCUACAAUUUGAAGGAAAACUUGAUUCCUGAUACAGUCUCUGGGAUGAUGCUUGCAAUUCAACAGGUACCUCAAGGGCUGGCCUUUGCUGUUCUGUCUUCAGUCCAUCCAGUGUUUGGUUUAUAUGGCUCUCUCUUUCCUGUCAUCAUUUAUGCUGUGUUUGGAAUGGGACGCCAUGUUGCAACAGGAACUUUUGCUUUAACUUCCUUGAUAUCUGCCAAUGCAGUUGAACGUCUUGUUUCUCCAGCAAGCAACAAUUUCACUACAAGCAAUAAUUCGGGAGUCUUAGGUUUAUCGGAGUUUGAAAUGCAGAGGAUUGGAGUGGCUGCAGCAGUUUCAUUUUUAGGAGGAAUUAUUCAAGUAGCAAUGUUUGUGCUGCACUUGGGCAGCGCCACGUUCUUGUUGACGGAACCGGUGAUAAGCGCAAUGACAACAGGAGCAGCUACGCAUGUUGUGACUUCACAAGUCAAGUAUCUGCUGGGAAUGAAAAUGCCUUAUAUAUCUGGGCCCCUGGGAUUCUUUUAUAUUUAUGCCUACAUAUUUGAAAACAUCAAAUCAGUUCAAUUAGAAGCUUUGCUUCUGUCCUUGGUAAGCCUGGUGGUGCUCGUUCUUGUUAAAGAACUGAAUGAAAAAUUUAAAAGAAAAAUUAAAGUAGUUCUUCCCAUCGAUUUAAUUCUGAUCAUUGCUACAUCCAUUGGCUGCUACUGUGCUGAUAUGGAGUACACCUAUGGGCUAGAAGUUGUGGGACAUAUUCCAGAAGGGAUACCAGAACCAAAAGCCCCAUCCCUGAACAUCCUCUCUGAAGUAGUUACUGAAGCUUUUGGAGUAGCGUUAGUUGGUUAUGUAGCAUCACUAGCCCUGGCUCAAGGCUCUGCUAAACAGUUCAAAUACUCUGUGGAUGAUAACCAGGAGCUUUUGGCUCAUGGCCUCAGCAAUGUGAUUCCUUCAUUUUUCUUUUGCAUACCAAGCGCUGCAGCGAUGGGACGUACUGCACUUUUAUAUAGCACGGGAGCAAAAACACAGGUGGCUUGCCUUAUAUCUUGUAUUUUGAUACUUGUGGUGAUCUAUGCAAUAGGACCAAUGCUAUACUGGCUGCCCAUGUGUGUUCUAGCAAGUAUCAUUGUUGUGGGUCUAAAGGGAAUGCUAAUGCAGUUCCGUGAUUUAAAAAAAUAUUGGAAUGUGGAUAAAAUAGACUGGAGCAUAUGGGUUAGUACCUAUGUAUUUACAGUAUGCUUUGCUGCUAACGUGGGACUAUUGUAUGGAGUUGUCUGCACUAUAGUUAUAGUGAUUUUCCGCUUCCAAAGAGCAAAGACACUGAGUUUGAAAAAUAUGAAAGAAGUGGAAUGUAAAUUCAAAACAGAAGCAGAUUGUGAAUCUUUACAACAGGUAAAGAUAGUUUCAGUGAACAACCCACUAGUAUUUCUGAAUGCCAAGAAGUUCCAUCAUGACCUAAUAAGGAUAAUCCAGAAGGAUAGUGCAAGCACCCAGCCACACGAUGAUCUAAACAAGUGUGAACAGAACACGUUGCUCAAUCCAGUAUCCAAUGGAAAUUGCCAUGGUGAGCUGUCAUUACAGCCAUGCCCCAACGAGAGAUGUGCUGUAAUAUUAGACUGCAGUGGACUGACUUUCUUUGACUAUACCGGAGUCUCUGUGCUUCUUCAGAUUUACAUGGAUUUUAAAAACAGAAGUAUCGACGUGUUACUAGCACAUUGUAAAGAGUCCUUGGUAAAAGCAAUGCAGUACAAUGGAAAUCUAGGAUCGGAAAAUCUUAUCUUCUUUGAAUCUGUUUCCUCUGCAAUUGGUGCCAUUCAUUUAAACAGGAAUUUCAGCAAACUCAGUGAUCACAGUGAAGUGUGAAGUCUACAUGACGCAGUGUGGCUAUUUUGAUCUGCUAACAUACAGAAUGAACUACGCCAUUGCUUUUCCUUACAUCUUUUUUCAUGAGAUCAUGUAGGUAGUAUUUUGUAUGCCAAAUAUGUUUAAUAGACAUCAAUGCUGCCAAAGAUUUCUCUUCAGCUACUGCUGCUGAGAGAGUGUUCAUACAAUGGAUUGUUCUAUUGUGGAUAUAUAUAGUAUUUUUGUACACGUUUAGAUACAAAAUAUUAGAAAGCAGACAUGGGAUAUCAACCUUUUAUUACAGUGAUUUAUAUUGUUUUAGCUCAUUCUAUAGUAACUUAAUUUGUAACGCACAACUAUAGUUUUGUGUAUAGAAGAGUAAGACAUUAUGAACUUUUGCAAAUGAUCUGUAGUCACUGGUGCGGUAUAUGCAGCAUACCAUAUACAAAACCCAAUUUUGUUUCAAAUAUCUGCUUUAAUCCUUUUCUUCUUAAAACCAAACACAUGCAAUAGCAACAUCAUAUUGUGUAACCCUGUGCACUUAACCCAGUCCUGCAUUUCUUGCACACUUAAUCCUUGUAUACUAUUUAAUGCCUAAUGGGAAAUCAAUGGGAAUUUUGGGUGUGCAAAGAAUAUACUGGCUUAGUACAUAUUAUCAUGUCUCCCUCCAGAGACUGGUGCCAGUGACUAUUACAGCUUGCUGUUUUGUUAAACCAAAGGAGUUCUUUAGUUCAAGUGGAAGAAGAGGCUUUUACUUUUGGUUCUAAAGGUCCCAGGUUUGAUCCUCACUGAUGCGUGUGGAGUUUGCAUACAUAUGUGACUCUGGCUCAAUACACAAUCUCAGGCCCAAGAAUAUUAUGGGCCACACUCUCAAUUUUUAUAAAUCCACAUAGCUCCAUUGACUUUAAUGGAACUGCACAAAUUUACACCACUUGAGGAUCUAGCCAAAACAUCAUAUCAUGGAACAGAUUUUCAAAAGUAGGCCUAAAAUUCCACAUGCAGGACAUAUAUUUUAGUGGGCAAAUGAGCAAUUGCCCACUACACAGGUGGGAUAAUGAUGUGUUCAGCUGCCCAGUUGCACAUGUAAAGGUGGGUCUUUGUACAUAGAAGCAGAUGCAUGACCAUUUUUGGGCCAGCAAUUUUGAAAGUUUGGCCUUUUAAAUUCUGGGCCAGAUUUACUGGAGUAAAUCAGUGUGCGCUGGAGUAGGGCAGUGUACAGUGUAAUCUGUCCCUCUGUGAAACUGAGAAAUUGGCCUAAUUUAUUAUUAAUCUUAUGAUUAAAAAAUGAUGUGAUUACUAGAGUGCACUGACAGCUAUGUGUUAUCUAGUUCCUUCUUGCUAAAAGUAAAUGUUAGUGUCAUUAAAUUAAGUCCCCAAAGCAUUGCAAAAUAAGGCAAGAUGACUCUUUGUAGCUAGUCUGAGGUACCUUCAGUGCUUUAUUUACACUUUACUGAUUUGCUUUUUAGUCAGAAGUACUGAAGUCUGUCUCUCCUAAGAGAUUAUUGGUUCCACAUCACAGAGACAGCACCCACUAUUUAAUUUUCAGGUAGUUCAUUUAUAUUGUAAUGUACUGGAUAGUGUGUAUGUAUAUGAUUGCUCCUUUACUGGAUGGAAUCACAGCUGCUCCACUGUUUGUUAUUGGCGCUAACCUGUUAACAGUUAAAGGAAAUUCUCUUUUAGUUCAAGUGCUGCUGCUUGUUACGAAUCUGUCCUUCUGGACCGGAAUCAUCUGAGUUCUCUCUCUGUGUUCCAAAUGGCCAUGAUAUGCAGCAUAGAGACAACCAGGAGAAGCGGGGAAGGAGAAGGGAAGAAGAGGGCAACAGGUAUGGGUGGUCACAGGACCUCAAGGGGUAGGCAUCUCACGUCGAGGGAAAGGUAGCCCCACUGGGGGACUAGUCACUCAAACCUCAGAAGAGGCACACCAAAAUGUUUAUGAACCUGUCAGAGAACUAGGUUUGAGAUUUGUGCUGGCUCUGCGUUUCAUCACAAAAGGUUUGAGAUUUUAACAUAAUUUUUCAUCACAUUUUUAAAAUUUGCUUAAAAAACAGGGAAAAAAUGACAACAUUUUUGCCACAAUGGUUUCUUGUUUCAAUCAGCCCAAAGUUGUUCUACUUGUUUGAGGUCUGACUGGAGUUUCAUUAAAAUUUGCAAUAUGUUAUAGAUUGUUGUAAGCAGCUGUGACAGUCGAGACCAUAACACACAAGUCACAUUACAACUGAAAACAAUGUGCAAUACAGAGGAAGAUUAUUCCAAAAACAUUUACAACAUACAGUGCUGCUGUGUAUUUAUGUAUCUGUGAUACACACAGAAUAAAAGACAAAUGCACUUACAUAAAAGGGUCCAAGAAACCACAGUUCAAAUAUGUAUCUUGAAAUAUGUUGGAUAAUGCUGUUUAUGGUUAUAGGUAUUGUGUGGUAUUUGUUGAUCUGUGAAACAACUGCAGUAAAAUGUGAGGGUCCAGUAAGUUAUAUAGCCCAGCAUGAGCCUACUUAAAAAAGAGAAAGCAAGAGGAAACAGGAGGGCAUAUAUUCCCCACACCACUCUCCCAGCCUCACUCCGAGCUGUGGUUUCCUUCCCCCAUCGACUUAAAGGAGUAGGGAGGGUGAAAGGAAAGUGAGCAGGACACAUUACUUCUAAGAGUCAUUUUGGCAAAACAGAGAGAAUGGUAGUGUCAGGCUGCCCUGUUCAGAUGGAAGGGAACAGGCAAGAUCAAAGUCCAGGCAGCCAGUUCCUGGCAGCAGAGUCUGGCUAGACUUUCCCUGCUACACCAACCCCAACCAGUUAUCUCCAGCAGAUGUGUGUGUUGCAGGAGGCUAGGGAGUAUCACUGGUUCCUGACCCUCUGCAUGUCUAUGCCAAGGAUGGCUUUUCCCUCAUUUUUGUUCUGUCCCUUCACCUGAUUAAUAAAGAUUUUGGGAAAUGGAGGUGUAUAAUUCUGUAUUUCACAGGAUGUAGGGGAAUCCUGGAGUUGUUUCCCUUAGUGCCUUGCAGAUGGUCAGAAGUUUCUUAGUUGGACUUCAUUAAGGUUGCAUUUAUAAAUGGUUUGUAAAGGGUUGAUUAAUAAAUGUUAAAAGCAUGUUACAGGCAUGAAUAGUAUGUUCUACAAGUAGUUGUAAGUACAUCAGUGGAAGAUCAAUGUUCUAGAUGGUUGCAAGCAACCUGUUACCUUGUUGAACUCUAUAACAGUCUGUACCAAUUGAUUAAUUAUUUACUAAAACAGCUAUUAAUAAUUUAUUAACUCUUUGUAAACUAUUAUUAAAUGUACCCUUAAUUGUGGAAGCACCACUUGUAGUUCUGUAGUUAAGUUUUGCACAUAAGCAAGAGGUUGAGCCUCUUCUUUAUCUAUGAAAGAUGCAGCAUCUCCUCCCCCAAACUACAGCAUUUACUCUUUGAGUACAGAAUGCAUUUUCUGAGAACUUUAAAAUAAAUUGAUUAAUGAGUUUAACUCAUUUAAAAAAGAGGGGUUAUUUAAGAAAUUCAGCACUCAGUAUCAGAACAUUUUUUGUCUUGAAAUAUCUUAAUAAUGGAACAACAAACAUGCUUCAAACUUCCCUUAUUGUUAAAACUCCCUGAAAUCUUCUGCAUAAGAUUAAUUUAAAAACAUUUGGUAGGAUUAAUGGUCAUUUCUCCUUGUUAUUCUUCAUAACUAGAAGAUCCUCUUAUAACAGGUGCUAAUGAAUAACAUUCUACUACAGAGAAUUUAACACAGAACUACCCUCUUUCAAAAUAGUUUCCAUUUCAUUAUUUUCAGUGAGACUAAGGUAAUGCCUUGCUGUAUGCAGUCUUCUUGUAGCUGUGUUGGUCCCAGGAUAUUAGAGAGACAAGGGACCUCAUCCUGAAGGAAAUCUUUCUUGAACCGCCCUCUUCUGGCCUGCAAACAACCCCCCUAACCUCUCCAAGCUCAUCAUCAGAAGUAAGCUGCCCACAGACCAGGACACAUCAACUCAAAGUGGUGCCAGACCCUGGCAGAACAACAGAUGCAAAACCUGCAGGCAUAUCUCCACUGCUACAAUGAUCAACUCACCUUUUAGGAUUCAGGGGUUCUUCAUGUGCAUAUCACAACAUGAUGUACCUCAACCAGUGCACUAAAAACCCCGGUAACAACUGCAUGGGUGAAACCAGACAAUCACUACUCUCUUGAAUGAACUCACACAGGAAAAUGAUAAAUGACAAAAACACCAUAUCACAUGUAGGUGAAUACUUUUCACAAAGCAAUCACUCUGUGUCUGAUAUAUCAGUCCUCAUCCUCAAAGGAAACCUGCACAACACUUUCACUUUAUUAUAGAUUAUCAUCUGUCUUCCCCAAGGCCAGCUAGCAGGAUGCAGCAGAACUGAGACAUACAUGCUCAUAAGCUUCAGUACAAGACUGCAAACUAGCUUCCCCAAAGUUAUUCAGCUGACUCAGCAGCGUUUAGUGGGUGAAAUUCACCCCUAUUCAGAGGGUCAGUACAAAGUCUAUACACUAUUUACUAACUUUUAGUGGUUUAUUGGCCUUGUGCUGGCCCACUGCACAUGGGUGAAUUUUAUCCAGUAGAAUGAAAGGACUUAGUUAUUGUGCCUGUUGAGCCAGACAGUCACUUUUUCAUAUUCUAGCCUUAUCUGAACACCCCUGAAACACCUGGGGACCUGCCACUAUAUUAGGUAAUAGGGUUUUUAGAUAAGUGAGGUUUGGAUAAAUGAGUUUGUCCUGCAGUCUCAGUGAAGACAUUAUCCUGCGAGGUGCUGAAUUCCCUCAACUCCCAUUCAAAGGCAUUUCAAAGGGAGCUGGGGUCAACAGGCUAGGGGAAACUUCAUGUUUACUAAUAAACAAGUAAAGGAGGCAUAUAAAAAUUAAGCAAGGGAGGCCCUUGGGUGCUAAGCACCUUUAAAGAUAAGGUCACUUAUUUAGUUGUCUAAAUAUUAAUUUAGAUGCCUAACUUUGCAGUCCCAAGUCUCAAAGCAGUAAACUUAGACUUAAUUUAGCUUAUGAAAAUCAGUAGUACAGUAUUUAGAGUUUUGGUAUGUGUCAAUUUAUAGGAGGGCAUUGACUUGUGUUUGUUUUCAAGAGGAGGUUAGUAUUUUCAGAGCUCUUAUAUUUAUUUGACAUUUUGCUGUCUCCUUUUUUAGGCAUUAAUUCCAAAUCACCAUAAUUUGAAUUAUGAUUUUCCCCUUUCUGAAUGUGUCCUUCAACACUUUUUUAAAACACAGGUAUCAGCUUCUACUUCUUAAAGCGUUAGCAUUUCACUCAUUCCAAAACAAAGCAAGUGAAGAUUAAAAAAAAUAGAAUUCAAAACCAAUGUUAAGAAACAAACAUGGUGACAAUUAUAAAUUAGGCAUAAAAUAUGUAAUAAGGGGAAGAUUGUUAACAUUAUAUUUAUGCAAAUUAAAUGGCCUUAAUUUUCAUCAUAUAUCUUUCAUUUUAAAGGUUAUUUGCCCUCAUUCUAUGAUUCAAGUGUCACAAGGUCUGGCUUUAGCUGCUUUGCCAUAAUUUAUUUGACAACUCUAUAUGCUAUAAAUAUAUAAUGUAAUGAGGAAAGGUAUCUUCAUUGUUUAAUGAAAACCUUAAUGUGUCAAUAGUGUGUACGGAUAUUGUUUGACAUUUACUGGUUACCAAAAUAAAUUAAUGAAUUGUUGAACAUACCGUAUGCCUUGAAAAUAAUGCACUCCUAUGCAGGGAAGCAUACUUCCCUCUCUACAGAAAGUGCUCUCUCAUAAAUAAAUGAAUGAGUGCAGUUCCAGUCUGGAUGUUAAAUGGUGCUUUCAUCAUUAAGAUGGAUUUUUAGUAAAGAUCGCAUAAUCUGCACAUUCCCGUAUGUUUUACAAUACAUUUAACUGGGAUUUUUUUUGUUUGUAAUAUUUUGUAUUAGCCUAUGCAACAAUACAUUUAUAUGGAAAUAAAUUGAAACAUGGGAAUUUA